AUGGGCUGGAGGCUUUGCUUGGCAGCGUUGCUAUUAGCCGUGGAAAGCAGUUCAAAAUCCAUAAUCGAGCAGCUUCCACAUUCACCACUGGCCGAAACAGGAGGCGAUGAAUCGAAAAAACUCAAAUCGGAACCGAUGAUCACAAAAAUGCCUGCUUUCGAACAAGGAAAAGUGAAGGCGACAGUCGGCUCGAUGCUGCCUCCAAAGCACGAGAUCAUCCUCAAUUUGCCAGCAGCUGGUAAUGAAGACAAUGAUUCGUGGAGAGAUCUGGAGCACAUUAAUAUGAGCAACAAGUUCCGAAAUACACAACAAGGAUCGUCGAUCGUUGAAGUGAGACGUGAUGAGGUGCAGAUCCAAAACACAGAUGGUACUGAUAAACGGCUCCCUCCGUUCGCUUUCAAUGAAGAUGUAAAGGAACCAGAAGCUGAUUCCACCACGAUGGAAAAAUCAGCAUCUUCUACAACUCAAACAGCCAUAAUAGGCGAUGAUUCUAUCAGUGAAAAAAACAUCGAGACAUCUGCCGAAAUCAGGCAGCAGGCACCGGAAAUAGCAAAAGUGGAACUAUCGGAGGAGCGAGAGAACAGUAGUGUCACUUCCACGAAGCAAAUUGGCACCAACCGAGAUGUCGAAGAUCUUGUAAAUGUUAUCAAUUUUUAA